AUGUGCCCUACGAAAACAUCACGUUGGCUUGUACCUAUUAUGCUUGGAUUCUAUGUGUUAUUAACUAAUAUACUGAUGUUCAACUUACUUAUUGCCAUGUUUUCUAAAACCUACGAAGAAAUAGAGAGUGCAUCAACAUACUAUUGGAAUUAUCAAAGAUAUCAAAUGAUCAAUGAUUAUGUUCAUAGAUCACCACUUGCUCCACCAAUUAUUAUUGUUUGGCAUUUCUAUGAAGCAUAUAAAGCUAUUGGAAAUCAAUGCGCAAGUUUAAGAAAUGCUGAAACAGCAAAAUAUAAUCCAUUUUGUGUACGAUUUACCGAUGUGAAAAAAGAAAGGGAAAUGGUCAAAUGGGAGCAUAUGAAAGCUAUGGAUUAUUUAAGAGAACCAUCAACUAAAGCAACUGGGAAAAGAGGUGUAGCUGAAUCACGUGCUGUGGUAUUUCGUGGUGGUGGAGGUGUUGGUCCUGGUCAAGGACCAGUAAUGGAUUUAAAAAGUGAAAUGUCCAGUGUUACAGAGGGUAUUGGAAUGGAGUUAGAAAAACGUUUCAAAGAGAUUGAUAAUCAAUUUCAACGUUUUAAUGAUGUUGAUUCACGUUUGAAUGAUGUAACACAAUUAUUAACAAAUUUAUCUGAAGUAAUCAGUAAUGUGACUGAAACACAACAACGAAUUAUUCGACAAAUAAAUGAACUUCCUACUUGUCAAUGUAAUGAAUUCACUGAUGAGGUUGUUCCUGUACAAAAAUCCACUACAACUCAAGCUGAUUCAGGAACAGCAGAAACUAGAAAACGUACAAAACUAGAAGUAGCUAUUCAAUCUGCAUUAGAAGCAGCUAAAGAUGUACUACGACCACCAACACCACCACCACCACCGCCACCACCUCCUCCACCCCCAAGGGAAUCACCUGUUCUAUUAGCUGCUGUUGUUCCUGGAUCCGAAGAUGAUUCAAGUGGUUCAGAAGAAGGUGGUGAUCCUUCAGCCGAUCCAGUCAUAGUACCUCAAGUUCCAGAUAUUAAAACUGGAAGAGUUAUCGAAAGAACAUUAGGUGAUCAUCGAUUAUGGAGAAUGGCUCCAUUUAAUUUUGAAAAAUAUCCUGGAAUGAGAAUGAAUGUACCACCGGAACGAAUGGCAUGGACUGUGGAAUAUCCAGAUUACUUUGCAUAUGAUGCUUGUGAAGAAGUUUUAUUAUUCCCAUCAGAAGAAUCACAUGAUGGUGUUAAUUUUACCCAUGGAAACAUCGUAUUUACUUUUCAACAUAGUGAAAAUCUACGUACAAUCAAUUUUAAUCAAUAUGAUUCUAAAGCUAAAUUACGUAGACAAAGUUUACUUGGUCGUUAUCGUUUAGAUUCAACAACAGGUGCACCAUUAAAUCCAAUGGGUAGAACAGGUUUAUUAGGUAAAGGAUUAUUACCACGUUGGGGUCCAAAUCAUUCAUUUGUAUUAUGUAUUACAAGAUGGACAAGAGAUACACGUACUGGUGUACAAGUAAUAAGAAGUAAUCGUGGUGUAUUACAAUAUUUGGCAUUAGAACGUAAUAAGAGAUUAUGUAUGCCAUGGUAUUUAACAGAUCAUACAAACAAAUGUGAUUUUGAUGAAUGUGUACCAAAGAUUAUAAGCAGUUUAGUGACUCGUCGAGGACGUGCUAUACUUCCAGAGAAAAGAGUUGAAAGAUUAUUGAAACGUAUUGAAAAGGCUGAAGUUACACAGAUUUUCAAAGGUUACUUAGAUGAUCAGUUAAAUGCGGAUAGUGCAUGGAUGGAAACUGUUGUGAUUAAUUUACAUGAAUCGGAGAGUAAAGGAGCUCAACUACCAGAUGACAUAUUAAAGUUACUCAAUGAACCUGGUACAGAAGAACAAUGUAAAUGGGUUGAAGUAUCACAUAGUAGUAAUCUACGUACAAGUCAUAAUUAUAUACUUAAGAAUGUUGCAGAACUUCAUGAUGAUGAUGAUGAUGAUGAUGAUGAUGAUGAUGAUGAUGAUGAUGAUGAUGAUGAUGAUGAUGAUGAUGAUGAUGAUGAUGAUGAUGAUGAUGAUGAUGAUGAUGAUGAUGAUGAUGAUGAUGAUGAUGAUGAUGAUGAUGAUGAUGAUGAUGAUGAUGAUGAUGAUGAUGAUGAUGAUGAUGAUGAUGAUGAUGAUGAUGAUGAUGAUGAUGAUGAUGAUGAUGAUGAUGAUGAUGAUGAUGAUGAUGAUGAUGAUGAUGAUGAUGAUGAUGAUGAUGAUGAUGAUGAUGAUGAUGAUGAUGAUGAUGAUGAUGAUGAUGAUGAUGAUGAUGAUGAUGAUGAUGAUGAUGAUGAUGAUGAUGAUGAUGAUGAUGAUGAUGAUGAUGAUGAUGAUGAUGAUGAUGAUGAUGAUGAUGAUGAUGAUGAUGAUGAUGAUGAUGAUGAUGAUGAUGAUGAUGAUGAUGAUGAUGAUGAUGAUGAUGAUGAUGAUGAUGAUGAUGAUGAUGAUGAUGAUGAUGAUGAUGAUGAUGAUGAUGAUGAUGAUGAUGAUGAUGAUGAUGAUGAUGAUGAUGAUGAUGAUGAUGAUGAUGAUGAUGAUGAUGAUGAUGAUGAUGAUGAUGAUGAUGAUGAUGAUGAUGAUGAUGAUGAUGAUGAUGAUGAUGAUGAUGAUGAUGAUGAUGAUGAUGAUGAUGAUGAUGAUGAUGAUGAUGAUGAUGAUGAUGAUGAUGAUGAUGAUGAUGAUGAUGAUGAUGAUGAUGAUGAUGAUGAUGAUGAUGAUGAUGAUGAUGAUGAUGAUGAUGAUGAUGAUGAUGAUGAUGAUGAUGAUGAUGAUGAUGAUGAUGAUGAUGAUGAUGAUGAUGAUGAUGAUGAUGAUGAUGAUGAUGAUGAUGAUGAUGAUGAUGAUGAUGAUGAUGAUGAUGAUGAUGAUGAUGAUGAUGAUGAUGAUGAUGAUGAUGAUGAUGAUGAUGAUGAUGAUGAUGAUGAUGAUGAUGAUGAUGAUGAUGAUGAUGAUGAUGAUGAUGAUGAUGAUGAUGAUGAUGAUGAUGAUGAUGAUGAUGAUGAUGAUGAUGAUGAUGAUGAUGAUGAUGAUGAUGAUGAUGAUGAUGAUGAUGAUGAUGAUGAUGAUGAUGAUGAUGAUGAUGAUGAUGAUGAUGAUGAUGAUGAUGAUGAUGAUGAUGAUGAUGAUGAUGAUGAUGAUGAUGAUGAUGAUGAUGAUGACGAUGAUGAUGAUGAUGGUCGUGGUUUUGGUGGUGGUAGUGUUUUUGGUUGUGGUGGUUUGUAA